GCUCCAAAGACAGACCUCCACAGUUCAGUAAUGAAGCUCCACCAACAAUGUUCAUCAAUCAUGGACCUGAGCUGACAAUAGGUCAGAGGUCACAGUCUCCAGCACCCAGCUGUCUCUCUAUGAGGAGUGACUGCUCCAAAGACAGACCUCCAGGCUUCAGUAAUGAAGCUGUGCCAACAAUGCUCUUCAAUCAUGGACCUGAGCUGACAAAAGGUCAGAGGUCACAGUCUCCAGUAUCCAGCUGUGUGUCUGUGAGGAGUGAUGGGUCCAAAGACAAACCUCCACACUUCAGUGAUGAAGCUGCAGCAACAGUAGAGAGGAAGAGGAGCGGGGUCUGUGUGGAGGAGCGGCCGUCCUGGUGUGUUUCGUGUCAGGACGUCCUGAAGGAUCCGGUCUCUACCAGCUGUGGACACUGGUUCUGCAGACAGUGCAUCUCCUCAUACUGGGACCAGUCUGCUUCAUCAGGAGACUCCUCCUGUCCCCAGUGUGGAAAAAGACCCAGAACCAGAGCUGGACUGCAGACAGCCAGUCAGAGCAGCUGUGGACAAAAUGCUGGUCUGCAGGAGGUUUUAGAUGAACAUAAGAUCAGUCUGAGGAGCAGAUGUGAACGUGUGACUGAAGGAAGUGAUGAAACAGGAAGUGGAACCCUCCUGAACAGGAUCUACACUGAGCUCUACAUCACAGAGGAACAGAGUGAAGAGGUUCAUACCCAACAUGAGGUGAGGCAGCUGGAGACAGCUUCCAAGAUGGACGCCCUCCAUGACAGACCAAUCAGGUGCCACGACAUCUUUAAAGCCUUCCCUGACCAACAGAGACCCAUCAGAGUGGUUCUGACCAACGGCGUUGCUGGCGUUGGAAAAACCUUCUCAGUGCAGAAGUUCAGUCUGGACUGGGCAGAGGGCUUGGAGAACCAACAUGUCAGUGUGGUGAUGCUGCUUUCAUUCAGGGAGCUGAACCUGAUCAGAGAUCAGCAGUACAGUCUUCUGGAGCUGCUCCAUGUUUUCCAUCCAACAUUACAGAAGGUCCCAGCAGAGAAGCUCGCUGUCUGGAAGCUUCUGUUCAUCUUUGACGGCCUGGAUGAAAGCAGACUUUCAUUGGAUUUCACCAACAGGAAGCUCGUGUCUGAUUUCACACAGAAGUCAUCAGUCAGCGAGCUGCUGACAAACCUCAUCGAGGGGAAGCUGCUUCCCUCGGCUCUCGUCUGGAUAACUUCCCGACCUGCAGCAGCCAAUCAGAUCCCUCCUAGAUGUGUUGACAGGCUGACAGAAGUACGAGGCUUCACUGACACCCAGAAGGAGGAGUACUUCAGGAGGAGAUUCAGUGAUGAAGAGCUGUCCAGCAGAAUCAUCUCCCACAUGAAGACAUCCAGGAUCCUCCACAUCAUGUGCAGAAUCCCAGUCUUCUGCUGGAUCACUGCUACAGUUCUGGAGCACAUGUUGACUACAGAGCAGAGAGGAGAGCUGCCCAAGACCCUGACUGACAUGUACUCACACUUCCUGCUGGUUCAGACAAAGAGGAAGAAGAACAAGUACCAUGAGGGACAUGAGACGAGUCCACAGGAGCUGACAGAGGCUGACAGGGAAGUUCUUCUGAAACUGGAGAAGCUGGCGUUUGAACAUCUGGAGAAAGGAAACAUCAUGUUCUACCAAGAAGACCUGGAGCAGUGUGGUCUGGAUGUUACAGAGGUCUCAGUGUACUCAGGAGUUUGUACAGAGAUCUUCAAAAGAGAGUGUGUGAUCUUCCAGAAAUCAGUCUACAGCUUUGUUCAUCUGAGCAUUCAGGAGUUUCUGGCUGCAGUCUACAUGUUCCACUGUUACACCAACAGGAAGACAGAGGUGCUGGAGGGCUUUCUGGGAAAAGACUGGGAACAUAAGAACAAGAACGUCUUGCGGAGAGACUGUGAGGAUAAUCCUUAUUAUUCUUCAUCUGAUGAUGAUGUUGAUGAUGAUGAUGAUGACAGCUCAUCUGAGUGUGUGUUUCUAAAGAGAGUCAUGGAGAAAUCCCUCCAGAGUAAAAAUGGCCACCUGGACCUGUUUGUUCGCUUCCUUCAUGGCCUCUCUCUGGAGUCCAACCAGAGACUCUUAGGAGGUCUGCUGGGUCAGACAGAGAACAGUCCAGCAACCAUCCAGAGAGUCAUCAAGAACCUGAAGAAGAUGAACAGUGAUAAAAUCUCUCCUGACAGAAGCAUCAACAUCUUCUACUGUCUGAUGGAGAUGAACAACCUCUCAGUACAUCAGGAGAUCCAGAAGUUCCUGAAGUCAGGGAACAGAUCAGAGAAGAAACUCUCUGAGAUCCACUGCUCAGCUCUGGCCUACAUGCUGCAGAUGUCAGAGGAGGUUCUGGAUGAGUUGGACCUGCACAAGUAUAACACAUCAAAGCAGGGACGACAGAGACUGAUUCCAGCUGUGAGGAACUGCAGAAAGGCUCGACUGACUCAGUGUGGACUCUUAGAGACUCACUGUGAAGUUGUGGCCUCGGCUCUGAAGUCCAACCCCUCCCAUCUGACACAGCUGGACAUGAGUGUGAACAACCUGCAGGAUUCAGGAGUGAAGCUUCUGUGUGCUGGACUGGAGAGUCCAAACUGUCAACUGGAGACUCUGAGAUUGGGGAGCUGUGGUUUGUCAGAGAUCAGCUGUGAUUAUCUGGCAGCAGCUCUGAAGUCCAACCCCUCCCAUCUGAGAGAGCUGGACCUGACCACCAACGACCUGCAGGAUUCAGGAGUGAAGCAUCUGUGUGGUUUUCUGGAGAGUCAACGAUGUGUUCUUGAAACUCUGAGAUUGGUGCACUGUGGUUCGUCAGAGAUCGGCUGUGAUUAUCUGGCAGCAGCUCUGAAAUCCAACCCCUCCCAUCUGAGAGAGCUGGACCUGUGGGGAAACAAGCUGCAGGAUUCAGGAGUGAAGCAUCUGUGUGGUUUUCUGGAGAGUCCACGAUGUGUUCUUGAAACUCUGAGAUUGAUAAACUGUGGUUUGUCAAAGAUCAGCUGUGAUUAUCUGGCAGCAGCUCUGAAGUCCAACCCCUCCCAUCUGAGAGAGCUGGACCUGAGACACAAUGAGCUGCAGGAUUCGGGAGUGAAGCAGCUGUGUGGUUUUCUGGAGAGUCAACGAUGUGUUUCUGAAACUCUGAGGCAGGCAGAAAGAGUUGGAUGAGACUCUGGUGAACUUGGUGGUGAAGGACUUGCAGCCCUUCACUGUUGUGGAGGAUGAAGGUUUUAGGGCCUUUGUCCAAAAGCUUGACC